CUCAAUUGCGUCCUAUCAGUCUCUGCCAAUUCUUGUACAAGGUGAUAACGAAAAUUCUCGCUACAAGGUUGGGUUCUAUUCUUCCCGAUUUAAUCUCCCCAGAGCAUAAUGGUUUUGUUCAGGAAAGACAGAUUGUUGAUAAUGUUUUAGUAGCUCGUGAACUGGUUCAUUUCAUAAAAAAACAAAAGACUGGGCCGGGAAAAGUUUAUGGCUCUGAAACUGGACAUGGAGAAGGCUUACGAUAGAAUCGAAUGACCUUAUUUAUUUUCCAUCCUCAGGAAAUUGGGUUUCUCUUCCACUUGGAUUCACUGGAUUAGGGAAUGCAUCACAACAGCUACCUUCUCUGUAAUGGUGAAUGGUUAUCCGACUGGUUAUUUCCCUUCCUCCCGUGGUUUACGUCAAGGUGACCCAUUAUCUCCAUUACUGUUUACUAUAUGUUUGGAAGGAUUCACUGUGAUGAUUAAAUGAGCUAUUUCAAGGCAUGAAAUCCAUGGGGUUAGAAUCAAUGCUCGGUGUCCAUCGGUUUCCCAUCUUUUGUUCGCAGAUGAUUCUUUCCUAUUACUCUGGGCUUCGCAAAGGGAUACUUCUUUCCUUCUUCGGGUCCUCCGAGAUUAUGAAAGUAUCAGUGGUCAGAGAGUUAAUCUCCAAAAAUCUGCUGUGUAUUGCAGUCCUAAUAUGCUAGUCAGAACAGGAAGAGCUGGGUUCUUUUCUUGGAGUUGGGUAGAUUGGUCUGCAAGAUAGAUACUUAGGUUUGCCCUCUCUUUUUGGGAGAUCGAAGAUGGAGACUUUUCGUUUUGUGGAAGAAAAAUUGUUAUCUGUUCUUCAAGGUUGGAAACAGUGAAGUCUGUCUACUGCCGCCAAAGAGGUUCUCAUCAAGUCUGUAGCAGCUGCCCUACCCAUUUAUAUAAGAGGCCAGAUUCGAGUCUCCCAGGCAAAACAUGGCUUGUUCGAGUUCGUACUGCCAAACACAGAAUCUAAAAUCUGGGUUCUAAAGCGAACCCCCUGGGUUGUGCGAGAUGCUCUCAUCAAUCUGCGAUCAUGGACACCAUCUGUCACCAAAACAACUUUUGAUGAUCUGGCCAUCGCACCGUUUCGUAUUCAACUCUGGGUGAUUAAGGAAGAUUGUUGCACUAAACAGUUCGGGCAAAAAUGGAUAGCCCCAACCAUUGGCCAAGUCUUGGAAGCCGGGGUUUUCGCCAGCAAAGAGACCUCAGAAUAUUUUGUCAAGGUUCGCGCCAUGGUUGAUUUUGCGAAGCCCUUGAGGUCUCAACUCUUUGCGGCUAGCGAGGAGAUUGGGGGUUUUGGGUAUCGCUCAAGUACGAGUUUUUGCCGAGCUUUUGCUUCCACUGCGGGAGAGUGGGCCAUAUGCAACGUGAGUGUGUAUAUGAUCCCCCGAACAGAAAAGAAAAGUUUGGUCCCCAUAUGGUCUCUAAGAAACCGGGACAACGAAUCUAUGAAGAAGAUGAACCUUCUCAAACUUUUGAUGGAGCCCCGAAGACAGUCUGGAUUAACAAGGCAAUUCGCGAAACCUCGUAAGCGCUUGUCCCAAAAUAAAUGCGUGGAGGUAGGGGGUGCUCUCACGAGGGCGGCCAAAUUAAAGGGCCAAAUGCAUGGUUCCCUCGCCCCGUGACACUGACCCGAUAAUUGCUGCUGAUUUUCUUGGUGGAGGCGCCCCGGAGGAGACUGCGUCGUUGAACUCCCUUUCGGAGGAUGAUGCGGGUGUUCUUGAGAUAAAGCAACGUGGGCCAGGGGUUGGCGGGUCUCGUUGUGAUGGAAUUAUGAAGGGCCGUGUCCGGAAAGUGGUUGAUGCUUUUUUUGAAUCAGGCCUUAACAUUACUACGAAGGGUAUAUCCCCUGCUGGUGUGAAGACGGGGGGUCACUCUUCGGGAGAAGGGGGUACAUCGAGCUCUACUUUGGAUGAGUAUGGCUCGAACCUUUUGGACCCGGUGAUUGGGAAGAGGAAGAGACCUUUGGUCGAGGUUGAAGGGGGCCUGGAAGAGUCACCCACACCCAAAAAACAGUUUGUGGAAGAAAAGGAGAUGAAUGAAUUGGUGGAGGAAGCCAGCCGUGAAUGGCCCCACCCGGAUAAAUGAGGCUUUUGGCCUGGAAUGGGAGGGGAAUUGGACCAUCACUCACAUUCCAAACUGUUGUAGGUUUAGUUCAUUCGAAUAAACCGGAUCUUGUGUUAUUCUCGGAGACACGAUCGGGCCGGUGACACGCUAAAACACCAGUGGCGGAUCCAGGGGUUGGCCACCCCGGGCCCUGGCCCAGCCCUCCUCUGGAAUGAGUCCCCCUAGCUCCUUAGUUAGGUCACAGUUGUAAUUACCCUGGGUUGAUUAACUAUUGAUUAAACUGCGAAAGAUCUAAUAGUAGCUUGAAAUCUCUUAAGCUGACCAAGCCCUUUCAGUCCAACUACCCGGCAGACGACUAGUCUUCACCGGGAUAGAAAGCUGAGGCUAUGAACGCAGAACUCCACUACUGGAAUUGGAUUCCAGUUCAAAGCAGUAAAUCGAUUACUCUCGUAUAAUCAAUCUACCACUACCGAUUGAUGAAGCUCUAACAACCUAAUCAGAUUCUAUCUAUCUCAAGUUGCAGCAGAAAUCAAGAAAAGAUUAUCAGACUUCAAUUGACUCAAUAAAUCAUGCAUCAAUCGAUUAAAAUCAAUCAAUAUAACAAUCCCAAGUUAUUACAAUCAAGAUCCCUAACACAUGGAACUAGGGUUCUUCAUACCCAAGUGAGAGAAAGUUCUACUCCAUAGAGAGAGAGAGGAAAAUAGAAAUCAGAGUAGUCAUACUCAUAAAGAUGAGAAAAAUCUGCUAUGGGAUGUCAAUCUUCACUCCUGGGGAUGCAAUCUGGGCUUCAAUGGUGAGAAAUCCACUCCAAAUAGCUCCUAGGGUUUGUUCUUCGCACUUUCUCUCUCUAAAACUCUGUUUUUGCUCCAAAAAGUCGACUCCCUCUCCUUUGGCUCGAAUCUGCCUAAAAAACCCGAUUCUGGGCGAAAUACCGGCUGAAUUACGGUCGUAAAAAAGGUCUGCCCGUAAUUCGCCCAAAACGCGCGUUUCACUUAACAAUGAUGAGAGCAAAUAUGGUCGUAAUUACCAAAUUACUGCCAGUAUUUGUGGAAUUACGACCGUAGUUGCUUUGAUUCUUGCCCGUAAAUUGCUCUACGACAGAAAUUCUCAAGAAUUUGGCUCGGCAUUGCAUUUACGGGCAGGGCAGAGGCAAUUACGCCCGUAAUUGGGCAGGGGAUGCCCGUAUUUCUUCCUCCGCUCCUGUUUAAUGUUUUGUUUCUCCCUCGUCCGGACUCCGAAUCAGUCGUUGUUUGAUCCCAGACGCUCGUAGUCUCGUCCUCUUUCUUUUCAUAACAAACUUCCAUGUUUACUUGUCCAUAAUAUGAGGUAGAAGUCCAUUAUUCCUCAGGUCAUGGUUGUGUUUCUUCUCCCGAAUUGCCAAAUGGAUUCAUAUUGACUUGAAACUUGCGCCUUUGCUUCAAUUUACAUACUAGGACCUGAAAUGUGACAAAGGAACACAACCUAGCGUAAAAUAGGCCAAGACACCACAAGUUUGGGCCAAAAUGGUUAAGAAACAAGGGUGCAAACAUGUACAAAUACGAUGCUAUCAAAUUCCCCCACACUUAACUGUUUGCUUGUCCCCAAGCAAACCAAGUCAGAUACAAGGAAAGCUCAACUCUUUUCAAUCAUGCAACCCUUGGGGACAUAUCAUAUAGGCACGAAACACGGGAAUCAUACUUUCUUUUAGACAUCAACACAUGAACAACUUAACAACAACCUGGACAACCACCACAGAGGACAUUCGAGUGCACCAAAAUCGGGUAAAGGAGGAGUCUCCCUUCUGUUCAUCAACCAACAUAGACUUGACUCAACCACUUACUCAAGACAGUCACCUUAUGCACAAAACUCAAGAUAUCAUAAUUGAGACCGAGCAAUCUCGGUCCUCACCGGGGUAAAGAGUAUAGAGAAUAUGAGAAAAUGAAUCGCUCACUCUCGA